UCAAUGAAUAUCAAAACAGUCCAAUGUUAGAACAGUACUCAGUCGUUGUCAUUGAUGAAGCACAAGAACGCAAAAUCGAUACUGACAUUGUACUUGGAUUAAUGAAGCAAUGUUUAAGAAAAAGAAAGGAUUUAAAGCUUAUCGUCAUGUCCUCUACAAUAGACACAUGUCUUUUUUAUAACUAUUUUGUAAGUAACUUUACAUGUGAGACAUUAGAAGUUGGUAGUAGGACCUGUCCAAUUGAAGAUAUUUAUAUGGAUGAUGAGGACGAAAAUUAUGUUCAAGCAGCAGUUACAAAAGCUAUUGAAAUACAUCAAAGUGACGAAGGCGGUGAUAUUUUAGUAUUUUUAAGAGGUCAAGAUGAAAUCGAUUUAGCUCUAACUGAUUUAAAUAAGAAAUUGGAAAAUGAUAGAUCAUAUAUAGCUUUACCAUUGCAUGAAGAAUUGUCUGAAAAAGAAAUUACACAAAUAUUUGAAAAGAUGCCCAAUAAGCGUAAAAUUAUUUUCAGUACCAAUAUAGCAGAAAGUUCAAUUACUAUUGAUGGAGUCAAACAUGUCGUGGACAGUGGAAUGAAGAAAGAAAAGAUAUGGAAUGAACAAAAGAAAAUAGAAGUAUUAAAAAUUGGACAAAUUACAAAAAAUUCUGUUCAACAACGACGCAAAAGAGCUGGAAGAACAUCAGUUGGAAAGGUAAAAACAAACUAA